GCCCUACCUUAUAGAAAACCACACUAUAAACAAAUUUAAUUAAAAUUGCAUUACGCAUUGUUGUCUUAUGAUUUCGAAGAACUGUCCUACCCUUAAAUAGAAUUAAUUCAUGCACGCUUUCAAGAAACGGCUAUAAUAUUCAUUCGCUCUAUUUCAUUUAACAAGAGAAGUCGGUUAAUCAAACAGUCAAAAUGGUGUCUAAAAGUAAUGUAGUAUAUUUUCUUGUAUUUUAUAUUUUGAAAUUUGUAUCCGCCCGAAGUUUUACUGUUGUCCUAGAUACUACGGGAUCAAUGAAAUUCGAAAUAGAAGAAGUACAAACGUAUAUCCCAGACGUUGUAGAUAUAUUAAAAAAUACAACAGAGUUCAACAAUUACGUUCUAGUCACUUUUAACGAUGCAGAGUAUGUUCCUCCACCAUUGAUAACUCAAAACCCAAAUCAAUUAAUGGAUAAUUUAAAUAAUUUGAGAGUAAUCGGUGGUUCGGAAUGUCCAGAGGAUUCUCUAUCUGCUAUAGAGAAAGCUCUAGAGAUAAGUGAACCAGAAUCAAAAAUAUACUUAUUUACUGAUGGCAAUGCUAAAUACAUCGAUAAAUUAGGAGACAUAAAAAAAUUGUGCAGGGACACUGGAAGUCAGGUGGUAAUAUUCUUGAGUGGGACCUGUUCUGACCGAGACCCUGGCGGCGUGGGUUAUGUGGACGUAUACUACGAUAUAGCUAGAUCGUGUUCCGGUACUGUUUUCAACAUCGCUGCUGUCAAUAUAAGAAAGGCGUUUAAAUACAUCAAGGAUAUGGUCAAGACAGAUUACAAUGAUAUAGUCAAUCACGACGCUUUUACGGGUUACCAACAGUUUUCAUUCGUUAUCGAUGCAGUCACAACGGAUGUCUUAAUCGCUCUAUCUGGUGACUAUCCAGUCUUGUCUAUAUCUGAUGAAGAAGGGUACAGUCCAGUGAUGGACAAAAUGGUGGACACCAGACAGUCGCUGGUCGUCCGAUUAUCAAAUCUCAAAGCUGGCACAUAUAAAGCCAAUGCAAGAGCCCAAGGUCAAACUUACGUUACGUUCUAUAAGAGAAACCGGCUGAUAUUCGAGUAUGGAUUCUGUACCAGGCUACCCAACUCCUUGAAAGAGACCAGCUUGCGGCCAAUACCAGGUUGGAAUAACUACAUACUGGUAGCAAUGCCAGAAACUGAAGGCUUGAAAGUCCAUCAGCUAGAAAUGGAAUUCAUCGGAAGCGAUCGAAAGAAACGUAUUAUCCUAGAAGCGCAUCCCAGUCUUAAAGGAUUCUACAUCGCUUCAUUGUUAAUAGAGCCGGGAAAACCUUUCAAGAUGACGAUAAUUGCAAAGGAUAUAACUACGUACAACGACAUUAAAGGAACAACAAGCAUCAUCGAAAUACAAAGUCCGAAUCAAGAAGCAAAGUGGUCAUCGCCAACCUCAGAAAUAAUACAACCUGCGACAAAUCUGAUCAACUAUGGCGCUAAUGCCACUGUGGCAUGCAAAGUUGUGGGAUUCCCGAAGCCCACUAUAGAAUGGGAAGAUGACGAUGGAAACAGUCUGACAUCGGAGGAUGUAUUAUUGGAGAUACCAUCAAUACACUUGAGUUAUGCGAAAAUAGAAAAUAUGUCUAGCAAUUUCACGCUAUAUUGCAAAUGUAAAAAUGCUAAUGGAAGCGAUAUGAGCAGUUUACCGAUGUUUGUCAAGAGGACGUAUCAUUUUGAUGUUAUUCAAUCCCCAACAGAUCAGGCCGUAGAAUAUGCCACUGAAGGAAAGCUUUAUUGUGAAGUAGAUGCUUAUCCCGAAGCUGAAAUAAUAUGGCGCCGCAAUGGGAUCACCCUGGAGGAUUCUAAUAAUGUCGAAUUAAAUUCCGAAGACAAAGCUUUGAUUAUAAAAAAUAUGACUCUGGGUGACGAGGGUAAAUACACUUGUGAAGUCUCAAAUGAGGCAAAUAGAAAAGAGCUAUCGGCCAUCGUGACAAUAUCUGGUAUAGAACCACCGCAAGUGAAACUUCCAGACGAAUUGAUACGGACACCGGAAGACCUAGUGGAAGUAAAUUGCAGCAUAGAACAAGGUUACCCAGUCCCAAACGUAACAUGGGAGUUCCGAUCUAAUGAUUACGAAGAAUUUGGCGAAAUUCCAUACGAUGCUGACGUCGAAAACAAUAUUCUGAGGAUAUCUUCAGCAAAAAUCGAACAUAACGGAGAAUAUAAAUGUAUAGCCGUGAAUAUGUUAGGAGAACAUAGUAGCACAGUAUCCUUGAAAAUACAAUAUGCACCGAAAAUAACAGACAGCGAUGAUAGCUCCGUUGAAGUAACACAAGGUGAUGAAGUGGAGCUGCCUUGCGAGGUGGACGCCAUCCCUGACGCCUCAGUGAGAUGGGAGCUGUACCAGGAUGAUGUCAUCAUCAACUUGGACGACCGCCAUACGACAGAUGAUAAACACACACACAAAUUUACCGCUCAGUGGAAAGACUCUGGCAAUUACCAUUGUAUUGCCCAAAACGACAUGGGAUCAGUAGAAAAACACAUCAAAGUUAAUGUUCUGGUGCCUCCAUUUAUUCAGGAAGAGUCGAAGGAUGUGACAUUGAGAACCGGUAGCAGUGUGGCUUUCAAUUGCUAUGUGGAUAUAUAUGGAAACCCAGCUCCCACUACAGUAUGGGAAUUCAUCAAUGUGGACUCUGUUAAGACAGUGCUGAAGAGAGGUAACUCGAAUACAACACUGUAUCUGAACAACGUCAGCAAAGCCAACGAAGGCCUCUAUCUGUGUAUAGUUCGAAACAAAGUCAGCUUUGACAGAAUAAGGAUAAAUGUUACUGUACACUAGUAUUAUUAAAGGAAAACAAAAUUUAUAUUAUUUCCAGCUGAUUUUUCAAUUCCUCUGGACCUAUGGCCUAACGUGCUGCCUCCACCUGCGCCUAUCAACCUAUCUAUCAUAUUAAAAGACCUAAAAGUGUAUAAUUAUGAGAUUGCCGGUACAAAACGUACAGGCGCGGUCCCUAAAAAUUUUUUUAAGCUAUUGUAUAGCUUUUAUCGCUGGCUUUGAGCGCGGCGACCGAAUCAAAAAAAUCUGUAACGAAAAAACCUUUUUGCCAGAUCCCAAUCCGUCGGUUCAAAUCACGCACUCGUAUUUGUUAUUUUUUAUUUUUUUCCUUUUUUUAUAUAUAUUUGUUUUAGACCCCAGCACCCGUUCUUAUUUUUAUUUGUCUCCCUUUUAUUUAGACUUUAUAAUUAUAAUUAAAUUUUUUGGACUAAAGAUGGUGGUAAACUGUGGAGCUUGUGGAAGUUUUUUGGCGCCGGGCAAUGCUGUUGUUUUCUGUGCUUGCCCAAUAAAAUAUAAUAAGGCCUGCCUCGCCAUCCCGGAAAAGUCGAGUGUCAGCAAGGACUGGAUAUGCCCGAACUGCAAGAAGAGCACACGCAGGGGUGACAACACGCAUACGCCUGUAAAUGGUAUCAGCGAAUCUUCCGAGCCCGAAAAACCGGUUGCUGUCGACCUGGCUAGUGGCUCUCCGAAGAAAGAUGAGGUCCAGGGUAAAGCCAAGGAGAACGCAGCCAGAAAUAAUCACACCAGUGAUAUAAAAAGUAUGCUGGCCGACUACAUAAAGGAGACGAGGGAUUUAGGCUCAGAGAUGGCGCCCUUCCGCAGUUCUUUUACCGCUUGGCUUGACUCCUUCGAGUAGAAAGUUGCUGUGUUGGAGCAGCGUCAAGUGGAUCCUGAUGCAACUGGUAGGAUGGACUUGGAGUGCACCAUAUCCGAGCUGCGCGCCGAGGUUAACGACCGCGAUCAGGAGGCGUUGAUGUCCGGCCUGGAGAGAAGAGUGGGGCAUCAGCGUGGAGCAGAGCGUCACCAUGCUAGCCGUGCGGCUGGGAGUGACUCUCGACAGGCGGGACUUGGUGUUCGCGGAGCGUGUGGGCGCGCUGCCCGCACGCUCUUACUGUAUGAGUUCCUUUUAACAUGUUGUAUUUUUUAAGGGUUUAUAAAAAAUAUUUUCUUUCUUUCUUUUAACACCCCCCACUCCGACCGGCACAGCGGUGCGGCGUUGAAAGCCGUGGAUCAUCUAACGUCGUUUCAUUUCGGCAGACUUCGGCACGGUGUUUGUGUGCGUGCGACUAGACGUAUGCGUGUAGACUAGCUGCUAACUGCUCAUAACUGAUUCUAUCUCUUUUAGACAUAAUACUAGGUUAGAUAGCGUGCUUUUUGGCCGCAUCCACGAGUGAGUUUGAGCCAGCGACUAGUUGAACCUUAACGUGCAUGUAUAUGGUACGACUGCACGAAGCUUGCAUGUAAGAUUAUAAAAAUAUUUUAAACAAUAUAUUAACUUUUCAUUUAUUCAAUAAAAUAAAAAUAAAGUUUUCUUAUCGGUCACCACGCUCAAAAAGUGUAACAUGAAUUAAUAUCAAAUAAAAAACUUGAAUUUAUCGAAGAAAAAAAAACUGCAUAAAUAAAUAAUAACAAUUGCAUAAGUUGAUUCGAAAUGCUAUGCAAUAGCUUCACCGCGGCAGUCCCCCAGUGCCACACGUAUUUUUAUUUAUUUAUCAAAAAAAUUACAUUCAAAAUUAUAUUAUAUCUGCCAAACUGCAACGCAGUUUGUCGGCAGAGUUCUCGUAGAAACAUUAUUAUAUUUAUAAUCAUCAUACUCUAUAAUAUAAAUGUUAAUUUUUCUAUGACAGAGAAACAAAAAUUAUAUAAAAAAAAGAAAGCAAUCAACUAUUUUUUUUCUCUCUUCUUAAUAUCCCUUUGGUAGGUAGCAUAUCUUAACAUACUUCAAUAACCUUCUAUAAUAGAGUGAAUGAACACUUCCAACAUUUACACCAAUUACCUUAGCCUAGCCCCAAAGUAGUACUAGCACUAUAAGGGGGCCUUUGACUGGUUUAAGAAAAGGAAUUCACUAUAUUUCCUAAUGGUUAUGGAGUCAAUAAAAAGUGGAUAUUCAACAUUCUGUGGUGAAGAUGCCGCGAAAAAGUUUCUCUGGACAUAAUGGCGUCUCACUAAUACGGCACUAUUUAGGAAAAGUGUGUUUUGCAAUGCUCCUUAUAUUUAUAGUAAACUACCUGAAAGUGUGCGAGAAAUUACCGUGACCAAUAUAUUUAAAAACAUAUUACAAUACUUUUUAAAAGAAAAAUGUUACUAUUCGGUCCGGGAAUUUUUAAAAAAGACAAAGGUUUUUAGACUAAGUACCUAUAGCAAAAAUGACAAUGCAUGAAAUAAUUACAAUCUUAAAUUUAUCGUUUAUAAUGCGAUUCAACUAAGAAUAGGACCGACUGGGUGACAUAUUGUGAUGUCUUAGCUGUCAAUUCAAACCAAAUAGGUAGAGUGAGCAAAAAAAAGUUUUUAUUUAAUAAAACUUAUUUACUAAGAUUAAGUGAGAAAAAGCAUCAGAUUUUUUUAAUAAUAUUUAUUUACUAAGAUUAAGAAAAAAACGAUUUUUAAUAAUAUUUAUUUAGUCAGACUGUGAGAAAAAACAUUAAUCAAAAUCUACCUCUUCUAUUCCGCUCAUCUCUGCAUUACCACCGGAGUAGUUAUAAUUAAUCAUGCAUUAUUACUAGGUCACAAACGAACAUGCAUCCUUUAUGUAAACGAAAGUUUGAAAUCGAGUUUCUAAACGCAACUUAGUGACAUUUGGUUGACGAUUUAGGUUAUCAACCAUUCAUGGCCAACGCUCAAUAAGUGAAAAAAAAAAUAUAAACCGAUAUUAAUUAUCAAUAUUUGUUAUUGUUUGUUUACUAGUGUUUGGUUUUUAUUCUUGAAUUAGCGGAGUGCUAAAAAGGGUUCCAGGUUUUUUUGCAAACCGUACUUUUCAAGCGACAUUUGACAGAUAGAGGUCAUUGGCUUUCCUAUUGUUAUUUGAAUCGCAUUAUAUUGACAUUUAGAAUAAACUAUGUUAAAUUCAUUCAUUUGACAUUGUGGGUUACC